UCAUGUUUAUCUUUCGAAAUAAUAUGUUAUUCUUUGAAUUGUGUUUGAUUAUAGAAAUAUCAAUUUUCAAAACCCUAUUUUGAUAUUGAAUCCAUUAUAGUAUAUUGUGUCAGUCUCUUGAUAUUGUACUUUAUUCUUAAUGUAGUAUUCGAUUACAAAAUAUGAGAAAUUAAAAUCUGCAUGGUGACAUAAUAAAUUUUCCCACCAAGGUUUUUCUGGCGACUUCACUGGGGAUCAAUCUCUCUCCAUCUUUAGUAGUGUUUUAUACCCUUUUCGUUAGUAGUAUACUUGUGCUUAGCAUAGGUUGUAACUACCUUUCUUCCGCCGGUUCUUUUAUUCAUUUCAUUCUUGAAUAAUUUGGCCGGUAUCUAAAAAUUUUUAGAAGUCUUAUUUUGGACCCCGUUAGAAAAUUAACGAGGAGCUCCUUUAUAAUGGCCUUUUUGUAAAGAAAGCCCCCGUGAUAAUUCGAAUAUUGUAGUUACAUUUUUCUUGUAGCUUGAUAUUUCAGUUAGCACUGGGUCCAAAAUUUCAAAAGUUGAAAUUAAAACACUAAAUAAAAUUCAUCCUUAUCUCAAUAUUAUGUAUUGUAGUUAUAUUUCUAUAUAACUCAAUAUAUAUGAAAUGAGAUAGGAUUUAGUUUAUUUAGUUUGAUUAAUUAAACUUUAUAAUUUAAAUAAAUUAUUCAAAAUCUAAUUAAAGUUCUCUUUUAAAUUUCAGGAAAAAUGACGGGUAAAUUAAUCUUCUCCCUGUCUGAUAACAUGAACCUGUCCUACAAUCUGUUUACUGAUGUAGUAUAAUCAAGUUUGGAAAAGGGUUUGAGGAUUUACAGUUGUCUGUUAGUGGACCUGAGUUCACUAUUGUUCCACCUAGUGAGGUUACAAAUCAGAAACCUAUCCUAGAAUUCACUUUGGGAUGCGGGUCUCAAACUGCUCCUGUAGACCCUAGGCCCUCUGUGUUUACUAGGAUUGAGCAACUUAAUCAAGACCAGAAACUCAAGUCAGUUGUUGUGGUGGAAAAUUCAGUUCCUUUCAGUGCACCUAGCCAGUUUUAGAUUGGAUCUUCUUCCAAUUUAUCAACGAUUAUGACUAAAACUCAGAGAAGGAAUAAAAACCGUCGUAUAAAAGGAGAAUGGAAAAACUAGGAAUGUCAAAGAAAAACGAGCUUAUCCCUCCAACCUCUCCACAUCUUAGUGGUAGUAGGUUCCCUCCUCUCUGCUGCUGAUGGAGAGGAAGAUGUGAGGUUGAUUGCUCGAUCAUCCCCUACUACUGUUAGAAAGUCUGCAACUGAGCCAACAAAAAGUAAAGAAACAUACGUUCAGAUUUUGGUACAGGCUAUAUAGUACAAGAGUGUGCAGAUGGUCCUCCACAGACUAGAGGAGAAUUUUUAAGGAAAAUGAGAAGAUUGAUCAGUGAUAGGAUUGAAGAAGAAACCUUAAGGCGGAAACUUAUUGAAACUAGGGUAGGAGGUCAGUCGAGAGCAAGAGUUCAUAAAAGAAAAUUCAAACCAACUGCAAUCUCAGCUCUCACUGAUGGAUACCCUAGGGAGCCAAGAAGAUCCAGUAGGAAGACAGACAAUAUUGUGUUGACUGAUGCUUCAGUGAAAUUUAAAAGUACCCAAAAUGUUCCACAGAAAGUCAGCCGUCAGUUGUCCCCUUCUUCUGCACCACCACAGAGUCCUAGUAAAAAUCAAUGUAAUUCUCGUACCCAUUCUUCUCCCCGGAUAGAUAGGCACCACUCUACGGGUCCUCCGUCUUCUUAUCCUGAUGUAGAGCGGUUGGAAUCCUCUAACCAACCCUCUUCGACAUCUGAUGAGAAGAAGGUUUGGAGACCCAAGGAAAAGGCUACUUCUCAUGUAGUAGCUUCAUCUGAGAAGCCUAUAGAAAGUGAACUUGAAGAGAAGGAGAGGGUUGAGAAUACUACUCCAUAUCACAUAGACUAUGAAAAGUAUGUUCCUGUUGAUCCCCACUAUAUUUCUGGAAGAUCUAUAGAGGAGAUGAUAGGUGAAUUAAAAGACAGUAUUAGCAAUCUGGAUGAGGAAGAGGCUUUGAACUUUGACUUAGAUAGAGAUGAUAUGUUAGAUGAUAUAGUGGCUGAUGUCUUUAUGGUUGAGACAAGAACAACGCCUUAUAAUGAACAUAUUGAGGAUGCUAUAUUACAAGAUGUUGCAGUUGAGGAAGGUAUAGCGCCAGACUUAACUCAACGUCUUGUACAACAAUUAAAGCAAAAGGAUGAACAGAUUUCAAAUAUGGAAAAGAAGAUAAAAGAAAUGAUGGCCACUAUGGCUUCUUUCCAAAGUCAGGGUCCUUUACCACCACGAGCACAGGUUGAGUCUUCUCAACCCGAGCCUGUUCAGGUGGUAGGGAAGAAACAAAUGAUUGAGACUAUAGAAGAACACCAGCAAGAUCUAGAAAUUAAAGCUUCUCAAUCAAAGGAAAUAAAGCAAAUGGUAGAAAAGCAAGUAAGGGAAACAUUAGUAGAGUCUCAGAGCGCAUCAUAUACUCCAAAGGGUAGACCUUACCUAGAGGAGUUUGAUGCAGUUCCUUACCCAAAGGGUUUUGUGCCUCCCUCCUUUAAGAUCUUUGAUGGUACUGGAAACUCAAGACAACACAUAUCCUACUUUAGAGCCAGUUGUUGCAACGCUGGGGGUAGCGAUGCUUUACUUUUUAGACAGUUUGUCAGUAGCCGGUCAGGGGUAGCGUUUGAUUGGUAUGCAGAUCUACCAAAUGGUUCAGUGCACAGUUUCACAGAGUUAGAGAACAUGUUUGUGAAGAGAUUUGGAGGCAGUCAACACCAUGUUACAGUUGGAGAUCUUGUAAUAGAGAAACAAAAGCUUGGAGAAAAGUUACUUUACUACAUACUUAGAUGGAGGAACUUGAGCUUGAAGUGUGAACCUCCUCAGUAAGGCCUUUGAAAAGGCCUCCUGUCUACAAGAAGAAGCUUCACAACUCUCCUUCCUUGUUGAUCAGUCUUCUUAAGACAAUAAGAAGUUGAAAACCCAGAAGGUCUUUGAAAAGAAAUCUGGGAUAAUUUCAGCUGUGGAUAAGGGAAAGCAGCCAAUAAAAGUUUAAACAGAAAGGUCACCUCCUCAGUUUUAUAAUCAACAGUAUCAUAAAGGUCACCACAACACCCGCCACUUCAGAUUCAGUCAGAAUUCAACCAACAACGGCUUUACCUUACUCCAGAAGAAAGAAAUGAAAAGUGGGAAAAGUUUAAUGCAAUGGUUUGUAAGACUUAUCCAUUUAAGAAGGAGGCUUUGAAAAAGAUCUUCAAAAAUCUUCUGAAAAAGCCAGACUUUAAGUUACUUGCACCUAAAAGGCCAAAUGAAGUGGGUAAGUCGGAUCAACCUAAUUAUUGCCCCUACCAUCAGAUGUUGGGCCAUCAACUUGAAGAUUGCAUCACUUUUAAAGAAUGGCUUGACAGAAAUAUGAAAUUAGGAGCUGUAGUGAUUCCCAAGGAAUACUUAGUGGAUCCGGGGCAGGGAUCAGCUAAGUGUGUGACUGGAGUCUUUGGGAGCUCAGAAGCCUCUCAAGGUUGAUCUGAUAGUUCCAGAAGAUGAUGUAGAGAUGACUCUACCUUCAGAGCUUAAGGAAACCCGAGUCGGCCAGGGUACUAUAGUUCAGGAGGAGGACACUAGAGAUCAUUUUGUUGCUUUUAGUAGUGUUGAUUGUGAUGUAUCUAGUAGAGUUGUGUUUUCUUCGGAUGGGGAGACUGUUAUCCUCAAUCCUCUUAUCAUAGAUGACUUUUAUUUUGUUCAGUGUGAUGAUAUCAAAUCAAUGAAAAAGAAUUCUGCUUAUAUCUUAUCUAUUUCUGAUAAUGAUGUUACGGAUGACUUAAAAAUUACACCUGAAAAUGAUUCUCUGCAUGAUCAAUUUAAUUUUGAAGAAUUAAAACAUUCUCUUGGCUAUUAUUCACAUAGUGAUGUCCCUGCUCUUGAUUUACAGGGUACGCCUAUCUAUAUUGAAGCCGAGAUGUCUGAUUCUAAAAAUUUAACAUAAGUGAAAUCAGAAUUAGCUGAGGUCGAAGAAGAUAUUUUGCCUGUCACUUCUUCUGAAGAGAUAGUGCAAAUCAAGAUUCGUAGCGGCAAAGUGCUACCACCUCAUGCUCCUUCUGAAGAUAAAGGGAAGCAAAUUAUUGACGAGCCAGAGUCUUCUCUUCCACCUUAACCCAUUCCUUUUUAGAGUCCAAUUGAGAGUGGAAUGCCCAAGGUCGAUUACAAUGUCUUAGCUCAUCUUAGGAAGCUGCCUGCCAAACUGAGCAUUUACGACGCCUUGAUCCGGAUAUUUGCAUGGAUCAGUUAGCAGCUGCACAGCCUGAUGAAGCUCUUUGUUCCAGAGGAGUUCUUGAAAUUUCUAUUUCUAAUGAAGAUCUAUGUUUAGGGACGGCUGAUCACAACCGUCCACUAUACAUAACAGUGAACAUAGAUAACUUCAGAUUGUCACGUAUCCUUGUAGAUCCUGGUGCAUCAGUUAAUAUUAUGACUCUAAGAACUCUUGCCUAUUUGAGAAUAGACGUCCGUAAGCUCAGCUCAGACAAGAUGAUCUUAUGGGGUUUUAACGAAAAUGGCGAGAGGGCUUUAGGUU